CAGACUAUGCGGAAUAUACUACCCUACCACCGCCAGGUACGGCUUCUGAGUUCAAGCACAGUCGCGCUCCUCCUUCUCCCUCGCAAUCUACAAACGGGAAACGUGCAGGGAGAUUGAGCUCGCAGAAACUCGAAACACGCCCAGACUCACGGACCCUCAAAAGCGUUGCAAAUGGGAACCUUAGGGAAGGCCAUAUACACCGUCGGAGGCUGGAUUCGAGGGACUGGUCAAGCCAUUGAUCGGCUCGGAAGCCGUCUCCUGGGCGGCUACUAUUUCCAAGAAAAUUUGUCUAGGCAUCGAACUUUGAUGAACAUAUUUGAUAAGGCUCCUGUGGUUGAUAAGGAUGCAUUUGUUGCCCCAAGUGCCUCAGUCAUAGGAGACGUUCAAAUUGGAAGAGGAUCAUCAAUUUGGUAUGGAUGUGUCUUGAGAGGCGACGUGAACAGCAUUAGUGUUGGAAGUGGAACUAACAUACAAGAUAACUCCCUGGUGCAUGUUGCCAAGUCAAAUUUAAGUGGGAAGGUGCUGCCAACUAUUAUUGGGGACAAUGUUACCGUUGGUCAUGGUGCCGUUUUACAUGGCUGUAUUGUUGAGAAUGAGGCUUUUGUUGGUAUGGGAGCAACACUACUAGAUGGUGUUGUUGUUGAAAAACAUGGUAUGGUUGCUGCCGGUGCCCUUGUUAGGCAAGAUACAAGGAUUCCUGCUGGGGAGGUAUGGGGAGGCAAUCCAGCGAAGUUCUUGAGGAAGCUAACGGAUGAAGAGAUAGCAUUCAUCUCUCAGUCAGCCACCAACUAUACUAACCUUGCACUGGUCCAUGCAGCUGAAAAUGUCAAGUCCUUCGAUGAAAUUGAGUUUGAGAAGGCAUUGCGGAAGAAGUAUGCACGUAAGGAUGAGGAGUAUGACGCCAUGCUGGGUAUCGUUCGGGAAAUCCCUCCAGAGCUUAUUCUUCCAGAUAAUGUCCUUCCAGAUAAAGCACGGAAAGCUUCUCAAAAGUGAGUUCUGCAAAAUGAAUGUUUUGUUUAAUUCCAAUAUUGAAAUGGCAUCAAGGAUAUGCUCUUGUUUUCUUCAAAUUCAUAGAACAAGGACUAAUGUCAUUCCCAAUAAUAGUAGACAUGUUUUAGGCUACGAAUAUGGCUCCUUUCUAGAUUUGAUCAUCCAUGUGCUAUGAGAUUUUUAAAUUUGUUAAUCAGUUUAGGAAGGGAGCUUGUACUACAGCUAUUUGUGAAUCGAGUACCCAGGUUGCUCGCGAUUA